UCACAAUAUUACGUCACCACAUUGUACAUGUGCGCUGCUUGCUAGCUAGGCCUAGCUUGAUGUAGGCUUGAAAAUAUGUCUGAUUUAAUGAAUCUAAGAAAAUUAUUAAUGACAUCUUAAAGUGAAGUUUUUUAAUUUUCAGAAGUUAUUGAAGAUAAUUGGAUAAUUCAUUCAAGAAAUACAGUGAGUCCACGGAACGUAACUUACUUACGUUUAGCAGCACAAUAAGUCAGCAACACGUUCUCAGCCAGUCAGAGCAGCACCGUGCCUGUUGUGUGUGGCUCACACGCACUCGGUCGCUGGUAUUUGUCCUGUCUUGACAUAUAAGGACGACACUGGACAAAAUAGUAGCAGAGUUAUAGUUGUUUAUUGUUAAUUUUUGUGGUGUACAUAUUUAUUUUAUUAUAUUUCAAGAUGGGUUGCCAUUCGUGUGUUGAAGUUGCAAAGGCAAAAUUACAAGUUGUAUUUACCAGAGAUUUUCUGAAAUUGCUGGUUGGAGGUCAGAUAUUAUCUCUACUUAUUUGCGGGACUGCCAUCACAAGUCAGCUUCUGAAUUCUGAGCACGGAAUAAAUGCACCAACUGCUCAGAGUUUUCUCAACUACGUGUUGCUUACUGCGGUGUACUGCACCCAGCUUUGCUAUCGACAAGGAGAUAACAAUUUCUAUAACAUAUGUCGUCAGCGUUGGUGGAAGUAUUUGCUGGUUGCCUUAGUCGAUGUGGAAGCUAACUAUUUUGUAGUGAAGGCAUAUCAAUAUACUACCUUGACCAGUGUACAGCUGUUGGAUUGCAUUACAAUACCAGUUGUUCUUCUCUUGUCGUUCGUCAUUUUAAAGACCAAGUUUUUCGGCAACCACGUUGUUGGUGUGGUUGUAUGUUUGAUUGGCGUGCCCUUAAUGAUUUGGGCUGACCUUCGGACUGGAAGGUCGCACAGUGGUGGUGCCAGUGAUAAGUUGCUAGGUGAUAUGUUGUGCAUUGUGGGUGCUUCUUUGUAUGGUGUAUCAAACAUAGCAGAGGAGUAUGCGGUGCGUUUCUACACGCGGACAGAGUUCCUAGGACUCGUUGGCUUAUUUGGCAGCUUCAUAUGCGGUAUCCAACUGAUCAUAUUUGAACGUGAAGAGCUGAUUAAAUAUGAGUGGAGUUGGCAAGCCAUUCUACUACUGCUGGGAUUUGCAAUAUGCCUGUUCAGUUUAUACUCCUUAAUGCCUACUAUAAUACGCCUGAGCAGUGCAAUGGCCGUCAACCUCUCAAUUCUCACAGCAGACAUCUACAGUCUUCUUAUUGGACUUUUUGUUUUUCAUUACACUUUCUCAUUCUUGUACUUCUUGUCCUUCGUUACGAUUGUCUUGGGAAUUGUUCUGUACAGUUUAAAGAAAACCGGGGUUGUAAGUUCAAAUGAUCGUUAUCGGGAGUUUCAAAACGAUGACGCACAAGCUAACGACCCUGAGGUAAACAUUGAAGAUGAUGACGUGGACAAAAUUCAUGAGACUGCUAGAAGAUGUCUCAAUGGAGAUCAUGACAAUGAACCAGAAGCUUAAAUAUUGAACAUCAAGUGCUCUGCAAGUCCAGACUGUCCAUUCAGACUCUAAACUUUAAAAGGAUUUUGUGUAGAUCUUUACAUAAGCACUGAGAUAACAUAUAGAAAAAAACCCUCCCAAAAUUAGAAAGAUAUGA